AUGCCGCUAUUGAAUCUACCCAUAGAGAUUUUUGAGGAAGUCAUAGCGGCGCUGGCAAACAAGGUCGGCCGGGGAAUUGUCGUACGUUAUCGACUCGUCUGCAGAACAUUCGCAAACACAAUCAAGGAUCAUACCGUUACAGUCGCUGCUUCUAGGAACCUCGCCAAGUUCCUGGAAAACCCCUUCUCCGCCCGUCUUUUCGACACGUAUCGGGUUGAAAUCCUCUACAAGGCUACUAUGCGACGCCAAACAGCACCAAACCAAGUCAUCCACUUCAUACGGGCCAUGGUCAAAGCGUCCAAACCAGAUCCCACACUUUACCCAGCGGCAAUCAUGAUCGUAUGCACUAGCAUGAUGGCCCUCGAAUCAAAAGCCCUGCACGGUUACAUCAAGGGUACCGAGAAGGCCAACAAAGGAGGGCGGCCAUAUAACCUCGCGGACAUGAUACCCUUUAUCGCUGCUGCAACAGGAAAUAUGAGGCUCUUCGAAACGCUCACUCUCACACCAGCUCUGCUCCUCGAACAAAGUCACGCUCUUUUGCCGAGCGCGCUCAAAGCCGCCAUCGUGGCGGAUCAGGAUGCUAUGCUUCGAAAGAUCCUCAAGUAUAUCGUUGACAACGUCAAGGGCAAGCCCGAAGCUAAGACGUGGAAGGAUAUGCGAAGUGCUGCUCGGCAGAUUGGCGAAGCUUUGUGCAUGGCUGUGCGUUUGCAUAAGAAUGUCGCAGCAAGCACGCUGUUUGACUUCCGCGAUGCGAACGAGCCCUUCGCUAGAUCUAUGUCUUGGUCCUUUAGUGACCGGCUCCUCUACUGUGCUAUUGACAGUACCAACACGGCCGUAUUGUACCGCGUCUUAGGAGUCGACAACCCUGGGGCUGUAGCGCAUGUCAAGGAAGGAAGUAAGACACACUACCGUAUUGAUUCUAUCUCUAUGGAAAUACUGUACAAAAGAGGUGGGAUCGUAUUCUGGAGAAUAUUGCUGAAAGAUGGCGUCGUCGGACCAAACGAACUCUGCUCGGACAAAACCCCACUCCAGCACGCUCUGAAGAGAAGGCGAUACGACAUUGCACGCAUGCUUAUCAAGAGUGGUGCAGUCGUCGACGCUAUCACACCCGAUGGAAGCAAUGUCUUAUGGCAGGCGGCGAAGGAUGGCUUCGCGAAAGACGUCGAGUUCCUGCUUGAUCACGGCGCAGACCCCAAUUCUGUUGGAAAGGACGGCAAAUCCGCACUAGCGGCUGCGGAAUCAGGACAAUAUGGCAAGUGUCGUUUCCUGCUUAGGCAAGCCAUGGAUCAGAGGAAGGAGGAAUCUGAGCGACGAGAACUAGACCGGCUUGCGGUAUUGGUUUCGUUGAUGUAG